AAAGGACCCAAUCGAAUAGGAGCCGGGAUGAUGAGAAAAAGAUCGAAUUAAUAUUAAAAUCUCGGUCUGGAUGGUCAAACACUGGCAAUCCCCAGGGACCAAGAGAGGAGAAACGACAAAAGGGGGACAAGGAAGCUGGGGAGAAAGCAGACAAAGGAAAGUUUUGAGCUCUUGGCUUGAAGAGAGGGGAUUGAGAUUGUCUCUGUCUCUGUCUCUGUCUCUCUGUCUCUCUCUGCCUUCAUGUAGCCGCCGGGCUCUCUCGUGGCCGAGUAACCUGCGAUGACUUUGGGGUCGGAGAUGACAGCGAGGCCGCUCGACGUUGAGGAGCCGGACGUGGAUGUAGUGGGUGAGGACAGCGAGCCCGCUCCCCGGCUCUGGCCGGAGGGGGAGGUGACUGCCCGGGGGGCGGCCGCGGGGGGGCCCCUUGCCGGCGGCAAGGGGGAGAUGCCACCGCCGAAGAACCCGCCGGUGAAGCCUCCCUACUCCUACAUCGCCCUGAUCACCAUGGCCAUCCUGCAGAGCCCCAAGCAGAGGCUGACCCUGAGCGAGAUCUGCGAGUUCAUUAGCACCAGGUUCGCGUACUACAAGGAGAAAUUCCCAGCCUGGCAGAACUCGAUCCGCCACAACCUGUCCCUCAAUGACUGCUUCGUCAAGAUGGCCAGGGAGCCGGGCAACCCGGGCAAAGGCAAUUACUGGACCCUGGACCCCAACUCCGCUGACAUGUUCGACAACGGGAGCUUCCUGAGGAGGAGGAAGCGUUUCAAACGGCAGUGCCACCUCGGCGUGUUGAGGGGUCAUGCACAUCUCCACCCAGCCCUGAGCUACAGCCCCUACGGUUGUAGCGUCCAGUUCCCCAGCACUGGGUAUCCGCCCCUGACCUUCCAGCACCCCCACCACUGCCCCAUGCCAACUCCAGGCACCCUCCUGCCCUCCCUGGCCGGCUUUCUCCACCCGGGCAGCGAGCUCGACCCCAAAUCCCUCGCCCCCCCGCCCUGUGCCCAGCCCCCAGGUGCCAUCAAAGUCGAGUCCACCUCGGCUCUAGCUGCGUUCUGCCUGGACAGCCCGUUGAGCAGCCCUGGCUCACCUACUGUGUACCCCACCCCGGUGAUCUCCGCCAUUGUCUCUCCCUCCCAGAGUCUGGUCGACGUAAAUUGCGCCCAACUACAGACGGGAGCGAAAUUCGCCAGUAAACUCCUACAGCUGCACAACUACCGUUACUGAUGGUGCCGGGCAGGUAAUUGGGAUAUUCCCGAAGGCGAGAGCAGGCCCUGAAAAUAUUCGUUCAAGGAGUUUGGGGGCCAGACUGGACGACAAAACCAAAACAUGAAUGGUUUGGACUUAUAUACAGACAGUCAGCAACCUCCCUGUACAUGAACCUGUGUAAAUAUUGUGGCUACAAUGACAAAUAAAGACAUGUUUAAUUAUU